AUGGAGAUUCAGGAUAAGGGGCUGUGCCCUCCCCUCGACAUGGUCCAGGAUUUCAAUAUGGAGGAGGCUUCAACUGAUCUAAGUGAUAGCGGAUCCUCCACCUAUUCCAAUGUCAAUCAUGAUAGUUGCACUUCUCCUGAUAUUGACUUGGAAACUGAGACUUCUGUGUCCGGAGAUGUUACUCUCGAAGAUGCCAAUAUUUGCGAAGCAGAUGUGAACAUUUUAACCAAUUCCCCACCAGAGAUAUUGAGAGGCAAAUAUUCAUCGCUACCCGGCAAGAAACCCAAGCCUGGUCUGAAUCUCAGUCUCCCACCGAUCAGCAAAAUUGAAGAUAUAUUUGAUGACAUUUCUAUCAAUGCAGAGAGAUAUGGCUUUAAUAGCGUUCUCGAACACAUUGGUUCACGGGAUCUUCGCGUCGCUACUAUGUGUUCCGGAACGGAAGCCCCCCUCCUCGCAUUAGAGAUGGUGAUUGACAGUUUCAAGAGGAUAUUUGGGAAAACGCUCAACAUUCAUCACCUAUUUAGUGCAGAGAUUGAUCCUUUCAAGCAGUCUUACAUCCAGCGGAACUUUUCCCCUGAUAUCAUUUUCCGAGAUGUCAAUGAACUAAUUGCUGAUGACGCAACUACUGCAUUUGGUUCUCUUCGAAAAGUCCCUGCAGAUUUGGAUCUUCUUAUUGUUGGCUUUUCCUGUGUGGAUUUUUCGAAUAUGAACCUCCAUCGCAAGACUCUUGAUGAAAUGGGUGAAUCGGGUCAUACCUUUUAUGGCGUCUUGCGAUACACCCAACGUUGCCGGCCACCCAUGGUAAUUCUGGAGAACGUUUGCGGUGCUCCGUGGAACCACAUCAAGGAUGCUUUCAAAGAAAUGGAUUACCACGCCUAUCACGUUAAAGUAGAUACGAAGAACUACUAUCUGCCCCAAACGCGUGAGAGAGGCUACAUGCUCUGUAUCGACCAAACUACACUGGUGACUCCGGCCCCCGAGGACUCUAAACCAUCUGCUUUUGCUAAGAUGAUGAGAAACUUCGAACGUCCAGCAAGCUCGCCUGUUACCCAAUUCCUACUAAGAAAUGAUGAUUCUCGUUUGCAGGACGCAAUCGAUGACAUAUCAAGCAAUCCAAUCAAGGACCGCCAAGCUGUCGAUUGGACGCGGUACAAAGCCCGGCAUCUCAGAUAUAGAAUGAGAGAAGGCCUUGGAAAUAAACGACCACUUACUCGCUGGCAAGAUAAUGGAACCUGCCAAACGCCUGAUUUUUAUUGGCACGGGUGGAGCAAGGCGCAGACAGAGCGCGUUUGGGAUACGCUUGACGUAAAUUUCUUGAGGAGCAUCAUAAGAGGAUUUGAUAUUAGUUUCAAAUCUCGGGUCAUUGAUCUCUCUCAAGGGAUCGACAGAGAGUUGGAUCAGCGUGCAUCCGGUAUUGCUGGAUGUUUAACCCCACGGGGUCAGCAUUUUGUCACAUCCCGAGGUGGGCCUCUCCUAGGUAUCGAAUCUUUGGCCUUGCAAGGUAUACCGAUCGAUAGGCUCCUAUUGAGCAAUGAUAGUCAACGGGACCUCAAUGAUCUUGCAGGAAACGCAAUGAGCUCGACCGUUGUUGGUGCAGCGAUCAUGAGUGCAUUAAUCAUUGGAUACAAAGCGCUCUCGCCUAACCGGGCUUCUCCAAAUAAUUAUAAAAGACAAGAACGCUAUAUGCCUGGGAUACAAGUUAUUGAUGAUCAAGCCGUGGAGAUGGCCCCAGUUCAAAUGGAGCAAGAAACCAUUCUGUCUCCGCUCGACAUAUUCGAUGUUGGGAAACGAAGUUCAAGGCUGUGUAUUUGCGAAGGGCAGGUGCUGACGAAAAGAACGGACAUGCUGCAAUGUUUGAAGUGUGGUAUUACCGCUUGCAAAUCAUGCGGCCGCAAUCCUCCCCACGCGUACUCUGCGAUUCCUAAAGAUCAACUAAAAAAUCGUAUUUGUCCCACAGACUUCGAGACCCAGCUGAAGAAAAUGCUUCCGAUGAGGCUUCAAGUUAGUGGAUUGUCCUUUGCUAUGUACCAAGCACUGCAAGAACAUAACAUGUCGGCCGAGGUUCUGGCGGUGUGGGAUGAUUUUUACAAGGUACUUCUUCCAGCUUUGGGAGAUGAGCUGCGGUUCCAGGGGGUGACUCGACAGAGAUCCUGGACAGUUACGUAUCAGGGGACCUGGUCUAUUUUAAAGCUCAUUUGUUCUUCUGUGAGGUUGCAAUGGUUCCUCUACCUUAUCCCAUCAAAAGGUGAACCAAGUAACUCCCCUCUGAGACAAAUUUUACUUUGUCCUAUUGCCUCCGUGGUUCCAUCCGGCAUGAAUAUAUUGAACGGAACCUGGCGCGUCAAUUCUCCAGUUAGUUCAUAUUUUGAUAUUACCGUUUCCGGGAAGGGAAAUCUUGUUCCGUCUAUCGGAUGUAGAGCCGGUUUGAAGCACUCGAAUUUUGCCAGCGCGAUGGUGUGGAAUCAGAUCAACAUAUCUGCAACAAAUGCUGCGGUUGCAAAUCUGGAAUUUGACCUUCGUGGAGAUUACGAGCUUCUUCAAGACUGCGGAGCUGCUAGUGGAAGCUUGCAUAAGAAGAUCCCAGUUGACUCUGAGCCUCCUAUCUACUUCUUUUUGGAUCCAACCGAAAUUGGCUCUCCAGAAUUUGAUUCUUGGGUUUUUGCUCUUGAUCAUGGACGCUUAGGUAUCGGGGAGUCGCGCAUCACGAUAGCAGAGGUGCGCCCGAAUUGGGACGCAUCUAUUGUUUGUCAGGAACCCAAGUCCGUCCGUUGUUGGUUCCGGAAGACUGCGGCAAACGAGGCGAUAUCUCUUGACGUUUACCUCCCUUCCGCACUUCCUCUAUACCAGAUUCCAACGUCUCACUUCGUUAUUCGAAAUGACGGGUCGAAGUGUCUCGAUUCAUAUACAACGAUACUGACCUGCUCAGUUCCAGCGAGUGGUGCCGAAUUGGCUUUGGAGCCUGGCACAUGGGCUGCAUCGAAUCUGAUAGAAUCACCUGCAGUUCUUAAGACGCUCGCGUGGCUGCUGCACCGAGCCAGUGUCGUGAAUCAAUUUGGCGAAUGGAGUAGUAUCGUCUUGAGCAACGAAGAAAACAGCAACAGAGAUUGUAAUAUAUGUGCUCCUCGAAAACCUCGACUAAUGUGGACUUUGGACGAUAGAGACCACGUAUGUGCUUACGAGAACCCGGAAGACGCUGCUAUGUAUGAGCAAAAUAUUAAGAAACGACCAGCGAUAUUUCUUGGUUUUACCAGCCUUGGUAAUGAUUCCGUCUUGCAUGUCAAAUUAUGUUUGAAUGUGAUAACUCUAAUUCAUCAAGCAAAGGGAAAGCUUGUUAAAAAGCAUCAAGUGUCUCUCAAAUGGCGCCUUUGCAUUGACAAUAUUGGUUUUCUUCGCCAACGAAUGCCUCCACUCAAGGAGAAGAAUAACAAAGACGAUCCAGAAUCAGCACAACCCCCUGGUUUCAAGUUUUUUAACCUACGUCCCGAACAACUGCGAUCGCUCACAUGGAUGAAAGAACAGGAAAACGUUGUUCAAUCUUUUGAUGAAGAGGAGGUUGUUGAGGCUAUGCUUCCGGCUUUAAAUUGGAGAGCUGAAGCGAAAGCAACCACUGAACAAUCUCUUCGUGGAGGAAUUUUGGGUGACAAUGUUGGAUAUGGAAAAACUGCCAUCAGCCUUGGUUUAAUUGAUUCUCAAUUUGUUAAAGAUUCAAACGAUGUCCCUGAUUCAACGGAAGGAGCUAUUCCAAUCAAGGCUACCUUGAUUGUCGUUCCCCAGCACUUGAUUGACCAAUGGUCUCAUGAAAUUACAAAAUUCUUGGGGAAAAAGUACAAUGUAUUGGAAAUAAAGUCAAUUGCCUCGCUACGUUCACUGACCAUUCUUCGUUUUGAAACGGCUGACAUUAUCCUAGUUUCAACCUCUGUUAUUCGUGGCACGAGCUACUAUGACAAGAUGGAACUCUUUGCUUCGACAUAUGCGGUGCCAAAGGGGGAUGGUCGUAUUUUUGAUGAGUGGUUGCACGAUACGAUGGUUGGUGUUAGGGAUCAUGUCAACAUGCUCAUGACAGAGGGGUCUGAUGCAGUUCUUCAGAGUAUGAUUAGAAAACAGGCUAAUCUCCUGAGUUAUGGAGUAUACUCUAAGUUCAAACCUUCGAGGAGGCUCAAGGGUCAGAAGUUCAAAGAGCAUCUGCUGAAACUUAAGGAGAAAUUGCAAAGCAAUGGGGCCGAUAACUCAGGAGCUGGCAUUAUAGAUAACAACACAGCACCGGGUUCAACUAAUUCUGUGCUGAAGUUGCAGAACGGCAAACGCAAAAGAAUGCGAGAAGAUGAUGAAUACCAACCUGAUAUAGCCACCAGUGGCACCCAAACAAAGAAGGCGAAAAGGAAAACGAAAUCCACAAACGGAGAGCCCAGCAGCGAGGCUGACAAGGCAUUUCAACUUCGAAAUUCGAGAAACGAUUGGAGGAAAAUGCACUCACCUUUGAUCCAUAUGUUUGAAUACAGCCGCAUUGUUAUCGAUGAGUUUACGUACUCUAAGGACAGGAACUACUCCUCAGUUCUGGUUAUUCCUGCUCGUAGCAAAUGGAUUCUGUCAGGAACGCCUCCACUAAAUGGCUUUGCUGAUGUUAAGUCAUUCUCUCCCUUUCUAGGGAUCACGUUGGGUGUCGAUGAUGAGGAAAGUAGGAAGACGGAAAAUGAAAGAUUGAAAGCCGUACAACGGGAGCAAACAGAUGCGGAGCAAUUUCAGCCCUUCGUAACUCGCCACAGUGCAGCAUGGCACCAGAGACGGCAUGGUGUUGCUCAAAACUUCCUUAUCCAAUUUAUGAGAAAGAAUUCACCGGGUAUCGACGAAAUACCAUGGACUGAACAUAUUUGUACAGUUGUUUUGGCAUCACGCGAACGGGCGGCUUAUCUCGAGCUGUUUAUGCAGCUAAUGUCCCAAAAUCUAAAGCUUCGUAGGAACGGAAGAGGUCUCUACGAUUUAUCUGCAAUAUCUCGAAAUGAUGCUAUUCUUGGAAAUAGCAGUGGACCCGAAGAAGCUCUGUUAAAAUGCUCCUCUUACUUUGUUCCACUGGAACAAGUAAUGGGGAAACAAUUGAUUAACAAAAAAGAUCCUGCGAAAACCGAUGAUUCUUCAAUUUCGUCUCACCCAACCAGCGUUUUUGAUGGCGACGAGGGCAGGUAUUCGGCCACACCCGAAACAGAGUCGACCUCCGUUUGCUCAGGCAAAGGAAAUGCUGUCUUUGCGCGGGAUCGACAGUUUGAUGACCUUGUUCGAGAUAUAUUUGAAAAGCUCCGCCAUGCUUUUUGGCUAAGAUCGAAAAUUGAAGGCACGACGCAUUUCGAUAGCCUGGUAAAGUAUAUAGAAGGAAACGGAGCUGGUGACCUGGGAGUCACUGAGUGUUUCCGAAAAGCGAUAGCUGAUGUGCAGAGAACACGGACCCUUAAAGAUGGAAAAUACUACUACUCAACACCGCAGGAGAAGAAACAGAACCCCUCCGACAUUCGUCUCGAAUUCCCUAAGACUCCGUCGGAAUUUCUUAGUGACCUAAACUCUUGCACUGACAGUUUGCGCAGACUGGUUGACGAAACCUUAAUUCGCGUGAGAGCUGCCAGACUCUUCAACGUUGUCCGUUCAUUUCAGGUCCGAUUACCUGACGACGUAUUUGCUUGUUCCUCUUGCUUUCGCCGCCUCAGCGAUCCCACCACCCUCUCUAUCCUGGGUGAAUGCGGACAUGCCUUUUGCGAACCAUGUAUCGAGAUAGCCAGGGCCAAAGAGAAAUGCCGGCUUCCCGCCUGUGGCGGUAUUGUGGAGAGCUUCCGGAUUAUCAAGUAUUCUGACGUUGCUUUUGUGGACAGCGAUGGGAGUGGUGAUGGCAUAAAUGAGCAAUGGCAAGUAUAUGGAGGAACAAAAUUCCUGGAACUAAUCAGACUCGUACGAAAUACCGAUAAAAUUCCAGCGGACGAACGUGUUCUCCUCUUUAUACAAUUCCCCGACCUCAUGAAGGCUGCGUCCGCCGCGCUCGGGAAGGCAAAUAUUCCGCAUCUGAUGAUUCCCGUCAAUGAUCGCAUGGCAUCUUCUAAAAUUACAGAAUUUCAGACAGAGACUGAGAAAGUAAAGAGUAAAGUUCUUAUCUUGCAUCUUGGGGACGUAUCAGCGUCUGGACUAAACCUUCAAAACGCAAACCACGUUAUCUUCUUCCAUCCCCUAUUCGCCAAGUCUCAGUAUGACUACACUUCCGGGAUGGCACAAGCUAUCGGUCGAUCGCGCCGGUAUGGCCAACAGAAGCAUGUGCACAUAUAUCAGUUCUUGGCUCUGAAGACGAUCGAGGUGAAUAUUUUCGAGCACCGUCGACGGGAACGCCUAGUGAAGCGGGACGGACAGUUUAUAUCAUUACCAAGAACUGAGAUGUUGUUGCCUACCGAUGAAGCUGAAUGGAGAGGAAGUUCUUUGGAUGGCAGUAAUGCUGCUGAUGCUUAA